AAUUUAAAGAGUUUAUUUGAGCAUCCAGUGAUUCAUGAAUCAGCACUAGACCACAAUCAGUUCAGUGGUCCACUGUGGAGGCAAAAAGGGAAAACUUUUGUAAGAUGUUUGCAGACACAAAACAAAUAAAAUAUUUGGUUAAAUUGGGAAGUCCCUAGUGAGAAGUUGGUUGACAGUUUCUAGUUGGUUAAGCUUAAGUUUUGUUUUCUGGAUUUAACGUCUUGUUUCUAUAAUUAUAAAAUGGUCACUUCAAAAACCUAGACAUGUAUAAAGUAAAAAUUUUCCACAAUACCCCACCCAAAGAUAACUUUUUUGAGUAUGAAUUUGUUCUUCCUCAAAAUACGCGUUUUAAACAAUUGAUAUCAAAAUGCAUCUUGUUUAUUUGGCUUUUGAAACUGUUAUAACACAACUUAUAACAUUGGAAAUACAUUAUUUUAUUAAUACAAAGUUGUUUUCAUAGUAAAAUACCAAAUUAAAGUCAGAAUGAAACAUACCAUAUACAUGUAGACGAAAAAUGAAAACUGUCAAUGUAUCCUUAUCUCUAAAAAGCCACAAAUUACAUUCUUUGAAGUAAAUAUUGGGUUUUAUUUCCUAAACUAUACACAUCAAUAUCACCUCCUGAAGCUUUUUACCCAGUUUCACGGUUGGUAUUUCGGACAUGCAAUGUUCCAUGCUGUCAACCUUGGAAUGCCUCGUUUGGAUACAGGGAGACAAAGACUUGGAGACCCAGAAGUCUGAAAGUGGUUCUUGACCGACUUUGUCCACUCAAAUUAAGGCAUCAUGCAGCUGGUCAUCACUUACAUUGCUGGUUGCACGCAGGCACACACACACCAGUGCUCACAGCCAGCACGUGUUAAGAAUGGCUGAGCUGGACCAAAUGGUAUGCGUGUCUUUCAUCAAUAUAAACAUGGACUGCAUUCAUCUGGACACGGGCCUUUCCCACCUACCGAGCCUGCCCACCACCCGAAGUUUAAGCUCAUCUUGGAAGACCUGACACUCAGCAAGCCGUCUCCCCUUGUUCCACCGGCUUUGUGGCCCCAAUGUCUGUAUAAGCUGCUGAUUUGCCUUCGGAAAACAAACCAGCAUCGAUUUCAGAGAAAUUACUGGAUAAUUUGCGCUGUGAGGCGCCUAGAUCGCAAGGCGCACUCCACAAAUGACAGCCGAUCCCGUGCACUUGUCCAGUCAUUCGGGUGGCAUAGUGUCCGGGUGGAAGCCCGCCAAAAUAAUCCAUUUGGAAGGCACGGAGGGCUUCACUAGAAAUUGCCUUCCUGUAGCUAUGAGACAUUGAGCAAAACAGAUAAGAACUGGGGCAAUGGAGGCAUAAACAUUAAGGCUAGGAUGUAUUUUUGGGGAGAAAGCGGAGGCUAGCAGGGAGGAAGCUCAACUUUAUGCACCGCGCCCGGGAAUGCUUUGCCUUUAACCACUAGCUGAGCCGCCCGGCUGAGGGAGCCCUCCGGCAAUGAGCGCACGCAACCGUGAAGUCAGAUUCCUCCGCCGACCGCGGCCCUCUCUCCUCGGGCUUUGCCUUCGCUCUCCAGCUUUUCUUCUUUCACUCCCGCUCGCCGACUCCAGCCCGCUGGGCUCACGCUCUGCCGGACACCAAUCCCGGCUGCCCUGCCCGACGGAGCUCAAGGCUAGGCCUGGCCUUGUCCGCGGAGUCCGCCCCUCGCCGCCACCGGGAUCCGCCCCCGCGCCGACACGCACUUCCGGCAGCGCCGCGGCCGGGAGGGACCGAGCGGGGAGCAAGGCCUGCGGUGAGGCGCAGGAUGGACGCGUUGGCUGUCAUGAUGUAGGAUCUCCUGACCUAGAACCAUGCCCGGCGCAGGGAGAACAACGAGCUUAUGGACCGGGUGCGGGGGCUGCUGUGCGAGAAAGCCUACCUGCUGGCCCGGGAGCGUUCGCUGGCCCACCUGGUGGCUUUCCCUAGACGUUUAACGGCGACUCCGCCCGGCCUCCCGACUUUUUGAUGCAGGCGUUCUCUUACAUGACUUUCUUCGAGGCUAGAUUCUCGAAAGACAUCCUGAAGGUGGCUUUCUUAAUUAGCUGCCUCACCGAGUGGCGGAGCAGUUCGUAGUCCCCUACAUCGAGAGGGAGAGCCCCGUCCUGGCUCAGUACUAGGGCUUCGUGGACGCGCUGUAGCGGGCCUUGGCCGUUGUGGGUAGGAAACAGUCGGGCCGGAUCCCCGGUGUCUGGGGAGCGGCUGCGGCCCGGGCCCGCGCGAGCCACUUCGCUCCUACAAGCCCGGCUCACUAGUUCCAAGCUGCUGGACUUUGACCCUCGCUGGGAAGCUUGAUCGCCGCCUGUUCUCGCCAAUCUCUGCCUUUGCACUGCCCAGCAACCCGGUCACUGCCCAGGACCUGUUAAAAGUUGAAUGGACCUCCCAGAAUCACGCCGCUGCCACCGCCGUUUCUAGAGACGGCUUUUGGCCACCUUUGAGAAUCAGGGUCAAACUUGGAAGGGCCUGCAUUUGUCACACCUCCUCGGACACUAAUUUGGAUAGUUCAGGCCCAGAGACAGCUUCCCGGGUUAGUGUGCCUGACAACACUGAAGAAAAAUUGUGACAUUUUCCUUCCCCAAAAUUACUUCGUUUUAUACAUUUCACUUCUCUUCUGAAAUUACAGCAAUGUCAGUUUGCGCCUUUUGGUCUGAGGAACGCAGGCCCUGGCCACUACCAGGAAAAAAACCUUCUGGAUUUCAGCUUUGGCAAGCUUCCUCUGUUUCUGAGCCACCUCCAUCACCUGGGAUCCUUUGCACAUGGCCUGCUAUCAACAAUCUUCUACAAUGAUUCUCAGCAUCACCUGGGGAGCUUAUGCAAAAUCUCAAAUUCCUGGGCCCUAUCCCCAGAGUUUCUUAUCGAGUAAGUCUGCAUUGGGAUCUGAGGAUUUGCAUCUCUAACAAAAAUUCCUAGGCGAUGCUCACACUGUUGGUGUAAGGUUUCCUUGAUGGAGAACUAUCAAAGCAGUCAAAGCUAUCAAAAUAAAAAAGAAUUCUGAUUGGGUGCAGUGGCUCACACCUGUCAUUCCAGCACUUUGACAGGCCAAGGUGGGCAGAUCACAUGAGGCCAGGAGUUCAAGACCAGCCUGGCCAACAUGGCAGAAACCCCAUCUCUACUAAAAAUACCAAAAUUAGCCGGGCAUGGUGGAACACACCUGCAAUCCCAGCUACUCGGGAGGCUGAAGCAAGAGAAUCGCUUGAACCUGGGAGGCAGAAGUUGCAGUGAAACAAGGUGGUGCCAAUGCAUUCCAGCCUGGAUGACAGAGCGAGACUCUGUCUCAAGAAAAAAACAAAAACACAAACAGAACUCUGCCUCAUAGCAUCUUUUAAGUUAUACACUGGACCUAUCCUUUCCUCACUGACAGACAUUUUAAAAAUUUUUUGGUAAGGCCUAGUUCAUAUAAAAUGUAAUCCAAGCCAAAAGUGAACAAGAAUAAGGGGAGGAAAGGGGACUCCAAUAGCAGAGAAAGGUAUUUACCUGGGAUAUACACUGCAAGAAAAUCAAAGCUAUAAGAAAUGUCCAUGAAUAGUAGCCAUAAGGCAUCAGAGUGAUAAAAUUCCUGUCCCUAGGAGGGAAUAUUGGAGUUUGCCAGAGAAACAGAAUGAGAGAGACAGAGAGGUUUAUUGUAGGAAUUGGCUCAUAUGAUUACGGAGGCUGAGAAGACCCACGAUCUGCCAUCUGCAAGCUGGAGAAUCAGGAAAGCUGGAGGUGUAAUUCAGUCAAGUCCAAUGGCCAGAGAAGCAAGUGUACUGAUAUCCAAGAGCAGGAGAAAGUAGAUGUCCCAGAACAAGCAGAGAGGCUGAUUUUGUCCUUCCUCUGCCUUUUUGUUUCAUAUGGGGCACUGAAUGGACUGAUGCCCAUCCACAUUAGUGAGGGUGGAUCUUCUUUACUCAGUCUACCAAUAGAAAUGUCAAUGACUUCCAGAAACACCCUCACCAACACACGUGGAAAUAAUGUUUUACCAGGUAUCUGGGCAUCCCUUGGUUCACUCAAAUUGACACAAAAUUAACCAUCACAGAAGGAGACUGGCCUUACUCUGAAAUUAGGAAACUAAAGAAGUGACCAGAAUGGAGACUAGGUAGAGACAACUAGUUCUCUACCAUAUGUACAGUCAUUCCUUGGUAUCUGAGGGGGAUUGGUUCCAGGAACUCUCAGGGAUACCAAAAUCUGCAGGUGCUCAAGUCAUUUAUGUAAAAUGUUACAGUAUUUGCAUAUAACCUUUGCACAUCUUCCAUAUACUUUAAAUCAUCUUUACAUUACUUAUAAUAAUGAAUGUAGUGUAAAUGCUAUGAAAAUAGAUAUUACACUCUAUUGUUUAUUUGUAUUUUUAUUGAAUUGUUUUGGGGUGGGGGGCAGCUGUAUUCUCCUUUCUUAGUAAUAGAACCCCUGGUUUUAGUUGGGCACAUGACUGCCCUCAAUAAAGAUUAAAGUACCCCAGCCUUCCUUGAGAUUGUGGCCAUGUGACUGAACUUUAGACAGUGAGAUAUAAGCAGAUAUCUUCUGUGGCAGUGUUAGGAAACUAUUAAAGACAGUAAGAACAUUGCCCUUUGCCUUCUUUUUCCUUUCUUCAUUUUUUUGCCUGGAAUGCAAAUGUGAUGGCUAACACCCUAGCAGCCAUUUUAGAUUAUGAAGAUGAGAGCCACUCCCCAGGAAGGGUGGACCUGAAAGCUGGAUUCUAGAUGUGGAAUGACAAUACCAGCCCUGGACUACCUACCUGUAGGCUGUGUGUGUGUGUGUGUGAUUGACAGAGAGAGAGAUAGAGAUACCAGAAGUAACACAAAGCAUGGUACCUGGGACUGGGAAGGUAAAUGUUUAAACAUUUUAAAUGUGGCAUUGGUUUGUUGAAGACAGUCAAGCAGUAGGUGCUGCAGUUGGUCUUUAUUAGGUGAUGGCAAAACAAUGGAUCACAUUUUCAUGUGCUGUGUCUUGGGAGGCAAAUGAUGAGAAUGUAGGAUUGGGGAAAAUGGUAAGGAAAAUCCAAAAUAUUCAUGUUUUCUAACCCCUUCUUGCCAAUCUUAAAAGAAGGACAAACUGAGGCUAGAUUAAGCAAGUCUACAGUUACAGUUGGAAGGAAACACAGCCGUGCUAAGGAAGUACUCUGUCUGUGGCCUGCAGUCUAGUUUGACUAGGUCCUGUAUUUGAGCUUUGAAAGAGUAAAGAAUACAAGUGCUCAUAUACCCCUGAAGUAGUUACCAGCAGUGACUGCAAGGAGGUAAUCUUAUGGGAUGAAACUAUAACUGUGUAUUAACCAUCAUAUAUAGCAUAUAUGUGUAUAUGUAUGUGUGUGUAUAUAUGUGUAUAUAAAUAUAUGUGUGUAUAUACACACAUGUACACACACCCUACAACCCAGUGAUUUCAAAAAAUUAAACAUUUGUUUAGCUCAUGAAUCUGUGGGUUAGGUGACCAUUUCUAUUGGUCUUGGCUGGGCUCACCUGUACCCAGUCAGCUGCAGGGUCUAGCUCUUCUUAUCUUGGCUGGGAUCUCGCACAUGUCUAGGAUCAGCUGCUUUACUAGUCUAGGAUUGUCUUGGCUGAGACAGCUGGACUACUCAGUUCUCCUCCACUGCCUUAUCCUUCAGCUGGCCAGCCCAGAAAUGUUGCCAUGUUUACAGCAUAAGAGCAAGCAAGAAAGAAUAAUAUGCAACCACUUUUCCAAGCCUAAGGUGAAAGGGUGGGCAGAACCUGUGGUGUUAGGAGGCAACUCAUACCAGCCCAUGGGUCUACCGUUUAAUUUUCAGAAAUUUGGCAAGCUGAUUGUUAACACAGCCGUUGUUUAAUUUAUGUACUUGUAAUUAAAUAAUUUACAUUAAAACAAAGAUAAUAGGUACUCAAAA